AUGAAUCAUCCUACAUCCUAUAAUACAUGUUUAGAGACAAUUCCAAUUGAAUUUCACGCAAGGUCUUUCUCGUUCGACACACUCACUCACAUCUCUUCGUACUUGACCACGUUGGACCUUGUUCGGAAUGCUUCUCUCGUGAAUAAAUUUUGGAAUGCUGCCUCUACCUCCAACAUGACAUGGUCCCAAAGAUUCUUGAUCGAGUUGGGUCCUCCUGAAUGGUUCAUUGAAAAAUUAAAUCAAACGUUGAGACGAAAUCGCAAUGGAGCAGAACGUGGCUCAACGCAUGAAAAGUCUUACAAGAAAGCCUUUCAUAAUAACAAACAAAUAGUGAUCUAUGAGGAUGAUGAAUGGGCAGAUGAAUUCGAAGAUUGUGGAAAAUAUGUAAAACUACCAAGAAAAUACAAAUCCAAAUCACUCAACACAACCUCUACGACCACAACAAGUACGAAGAAUGGAAACAGCAGUCCAAACACAGAUGAUAAAAUUAGUAUGGAAUUAUUCAAACAAGAACUGGAAUCAUGUUUUGGAGAAGAUCAAUUUUGGAUGAAUUUUUAUGUGUUGGUGGUUUCCAUGAUUCCUCUCCAAUGUGCCAAUCUACAUCAUAACUAUGGAGUAGUUCAACCACCCAUCUAUCCUAAACAUUAUGGGCUCUCUGCAGAAGCUGAUGAAUUAGACACUGACGAAGAAGAAGAAGAAGAAACAUGCCAUGACGAACAAUUACGUGAAAUUUCUAGAAAAGUUUGUCCUGAGCUGGAUUCAUUCAUUAAGCAAGAUUUUAUUCAAGGAAAAAAGUAUGACUGGAAAGCUGAUGACGUGCAUUCAAGACGCUUGGUUUCUCUCAAUUAUGUUUAUUUUUCACUGUUUUUACAAGAAAUGAAAAAGAGAAUUUCGAAAGCAAUCCAAUUGGAUGAUUCCUCACACCAGCACGACACAAAGAGAAAGAAACUCCUUCUUGAUGCUCUUAAAUUUGAUAUCAAAACUCACAAACUAUGCACCAUAUUGAGCAUCUUUGAUCGACAUGGAAUCAUUUUGAGAUAUUUUGGCAGUGAUUUGGAGAAUACUGAAAAACUAGUUUGGAAAUCCUCAAAAGUAUUGGAACAACACAAAGAAAUGAUGAAAAGCUAUGACAUGCUCAAUGAAGAAUCUGCAGCUCUUUUAAGAACACCCUAUCUCUUAGAAAUGGAAACAGUGAGAGUGGGAUAUGAAUUCGAUCAUCAUCCCAUUUCACUACUCAAAUUUUGUUAUGGUAUUUUGUGUGAAAAAGAGCACGAGAUUUAUUCAGGCAUAGCUCGCUCUAAACUCGUUCACAAACAUUCUGUUGCAAGUUGUCAUGAACAAGAGAUUGUAAGAGAUCCAUCCAAGCAUGUUGCCGUAGGUCCACACACAACAGAUGCUUUCAUGCCAUUUUGCAAUUAUACCUUUGUCGAUGAAACCUAUGAUAGUUUCUAUGGACGUGCUGUUUGUGCAGCGACUGUACGAUGUGGUAAACAAGCAAAAAUUGCUGAAUUUGUGUCCAACAAGGUAGAGGGAUGGUGUCCUGGAUUUUGGAAUGCAAAUUUUUACUUUUAUCAUGUCGCUCGAUUUCAAUGUCAAUUCAAUGUGGACAUGAAUAUGAUUCAGGUCUUGCAAGAUCAGAGUAAUAUUGUUCAUGAUUGUUGUUGA